UGAACAACAGCCUUUUAGGGGUCCUUCUACGUUUCAGAAAAGAACCUAUUGCAUUCACAGCUGAUAUACAGCAAAUGUUUUAUUGUUUUGUUGUACACGAAAACCAUAGAGACUACCUCAGGUUCCUUUGGUAUGAAGACAACAAUCUCAGCAAGAAGGUCAGGGAUUACAGAAUGAAGGUCCAUGUGUUUGGAAAUAGCCCCUCACCAGCCGUGGCUAUUUAUUGCAUGAGGUGCGCUGCAGCAGAGGGUGAGAGAGAGCAUGGGGCUGAUGCCAAGCAGUUUGUCAUAAGACAUUUUUACGUUGAUGAUGGACUUGCAUCUGCACCUACCCCUGAAGAAGCAAUUGACAUCCUAACAAGAUCACAGAAGAUGCUAGCUGACUCCAACCUGAAAUUGCACAAGAUAGCAUCCAACAGUCACAAGGUUAUGGAAGCUUUUCCAGCUGAUGAGAGGGCCAAGGAUUUGAAGGAUUUGGACCUCAGGUCAGAUGAUCUGCCCUUACAGCACAGCUUGGGGGUCCUGUGGAACCUGGAAACAGACAGUUUCACAUUCAAAGUGUCUCAAGAGGAAAGACCAUACACUAAGAGAGGUGUUUUGGCUACAGUCAACAGUUUGUAUGACCCUUUAGGAUUUGUGGCUCCUAUAACAAUGCAGGGAAAAGCUCUCCUUCGUGAACUCUCAGCUGAGCAGAAUGACUGGGAUGAACCACUUCCUUCAGAAAAGAAGGAGGAAUGGAGUAGGUGGAAAGAAUCAUUGAAAGAUCUCCAAUGUCUUCAGAUACCAAGGUGCUAUGUUCCGUUCCCACAGUCCUCUGCCCAAAGAAAAGAGCUGUGCAUCUUUUCAGAUUCCUCCAUAAUAGCAAUCGGAGCUGUUGCCUACAUAAAGUGUAUCGACAGUUUAGGUCAGCGGUACGUUGGAUUCAUUAUGGGCAAAUCCAAACUAGCCCCACGACCCGCACAUACCGCCCCACGACUGGAGUUGUGCGCAGCUGUUCUAGCUGUGGAGCUUUAUGAACUAGUUAGAGACGAGAUAGACAUUAACAUGGAUGCUGUGAAAUUCUACACAGACAGUAAAAUCGUCCUUGGAUACAUUCACAACAGCACAAGGAGAUUUUACACAUAUGUUGCAAACAGAGUGACUCAUAUCCGUAAGUCUUCUCAUCCUGAGCAGGGGCAUUACAUCUCUACAGAGAACAAUCCUUCAGACCAUGCCACCAGAGCUAUCCAUGCUUCUCACCUUCAAUACAAAAAUUGGUUCUCGGGACCAUCAUUCUUAACACAAUCCAACCCAGAGCCAGCACAGAUCGACAUCUUCACUCUAGUGGAACCCGAUGUAGAUGUGGAGAUACGACCUGAUGUAGCAACUUUGAUCACAACAACUACAGAAACACAGUUAAAGUCAAAUCGCUUUGAAAGAUUCUCUCAUCGGAUGACUCUAUGCCGUGCCAUAGCUUUGCUCAUCCGUGUGGCAAGAUCAUUCAAGACAACUUCAGAUCAGAGAAGCUUUAAAGGAUGGAAGUGUAACACUGAGGCAAGCACCGUAAGUGAGAUUUUUCGUGCAAAAGUUGUAAUUAUUCUUACUGUGCAGACUGAAAUCUUCAGCGAAGAAUUCAAAUGUCUGGAAACGAAGCACACAUUACCAAAGCAGAGUCCACUCAAAAAGCUCAACCCCAUCAUUGAUGAAGAUGGAUUGCUUAGGGUCGAAGGUCGUCUCGCACCCGCCAACAUGACAAAAGAAGAAAAGCACCCACUUAUUAUUCCUCGUACUCAUUACAUUGCUACUCUCUUAGUGAGAUACUACCAUGAGAAGGUGGCGCACCAAGGACGUCACAUCACAGAGGGAGCAAUCAGAGCUGCAGGACUAUGGAUCAUCGGGAGCAAAUGCUUGGUCUCAUCUGUUAUCUUCAAAUGUGUCAUCUGUCGUAAAGUCAGAGGAACACUACAGAUCCAAAAGAUGGCAGACUUACCAGCUGACAGGCUCUCACCAAUGCCACCCUUUACCAACGUUGGACUUGAUGUCUUUGGUCCAUGGACAGUUAUGACGCGUCGCACAAAGGGAGGCAGUGCAGACAAUAAAAGGUGGGCGGUACUUUUCACAUGCAUGACAACAAGAGCUGUGCACAUUGAGCUUGUGGAAUCCAUGUCCACAUUCAGCUUCAUAAAUGCAUUGAGAAGAUUUUUCUCAGUACGUGGACCUGCCAAGCUUCUUCGCUCUGACAGAGGCACUAAUUUUAUUGGUGCCUGUAAAGAAUUGAAAAUCGACCAUAGUGAUGCAACAUUAAACAGCUACCUUCAGGAGAAAAACUGUACAUGGCAGUUUAAUCCCCCACAUUCUUCACACAUGGGAUCAUGGGAAAGACUCAUUGGGAUAACCAGGCGGAUCCUGGAUGCCAUGCUUCUUCAGUCUGAACAAACUCGGCUCACACAUGAAGUACUGAGUACCUUGAUGGCUGAGGUGAUGGCAAUAAUAUAUGCCAGACCAUUACUGUCAGUGUCUACUGACCCAGACAUGCCAACUUUUUUCACGCCGGCAAUGAUCUUAACUCAGAAGACCAGUGCUCUAGAGGCCCCAUCUGGCAAAUUUGACCCAGCAGAGCUUCAUACUAAACAAUGGAAACAAGUUCAGUGUCUUGCAGACACCUUCCGGAAGAGAUGGAGGAGGGAGUACCUUGCCACUCUUCAGAGUCGACAAAAAUGGACAGACGACAAGCCCAACAUCAAACUUGGAGAUGUUGUUUUGCUCAAAGAAAAACAAGCUCACAGGAAUGACUGGCCGUUGGGACGUGUCAUCAAAACAUUCCUCAGCAGUGACAACAAGGUUCAAAAGGCAGAAGUAAAAACAGUAAAAGAAGGAACUGUGAAAGUGUUUCUGAGACCAAUCUCUGACAUGGUUGUUCUUUUAACUUGA